AAAAGGAGGAAAACCCAUUUUAGCCAUAAAAUAUUCACUCUAUUCCCCAAAAAAAAGAAAAUUAAUAAUAUCAUAAUUUUGUUUGGGUGUGUGUAGAAGAGAAGGGCCUCUCUUCUGGUGCCAUCCAGUUCUUAGCCCACCAAUCUUCUUCUUCCUCCUCCUCCCUUGUUUCCCUUUCCUGCCCAUUUCCAUCUUCCUUCUUUCCUUCCUCUUUCCUUUGUCUUCUUGCUUUAUCUUCCCUUUAUCUUCAAUCUUUUCUAUUCUGUUUUUUUCUUAGAUUCAUAGAUAAGUUCGUUUUGGUUGGCUUGAUUAUUUCCUCACUUCCCUUCUUUUUUGGUUCAUCGUGAUCUUUUCAUCAACCCCUUUUGAUUGUUAUAUAGAUUGUUACUAUUCUUUUAAUCUUUUAAAUAUUUUUUUCCAUGAGGAGAGGGAGAGGUGCCGCAGCGGCGGCAGCAGCCGCCGCUGCAAACGCCGUAGCUAGGAGACCGGCACUGCAACCCAGCGGAUCUAUUAAAGAGCCGAGAUACAGAGGUGUUAGAAAAAGGCCAUGGGGCAGAUUUGCGGCCGAGAUUCGAGACCCUUGGAAGAAGGCCAGGGUCUGGUUAGGGACGUUCGACUCAGCCGAAGAAGCCGCUCGAGCCUACGAUACGGCGGCGAGGACGCUCCGUGGACCCAAAGCUAAAACAAAUUUCCCCAUAAAUUCUUCUAAUAUCCCGGCUUUUCCUUUCGAAACCAAUCAUCACCACAACGAAGGGUUCAUCGACCAACGCCGGUUAUAUCCGAUGGGCGAAUUUCAUGACCCCGAAGUGAAUCCACAGAGACCCACGAGGAGUAGCAUGAGUAGCACGGUGGAGUCGUUUAGUGGACCCAGACCGGCCCAACCACCGCAAAAGUCGGCGGACUUCGCGGUGGUUUCGACUAGGAAGUACUAUCCGAGGCCGCCGCCAGUAGAGCCAGAGGAUUGUCAUAGUGACUGUGAUUCAUCAUCGUCGGUGGUUGAUGAUGGGGAUAUCGCGUUGUCUUCGUGUCGGAAAACUUUGCCUUUCGAUCUCAAUUUUCCACCCUUGGAUGAAGAUGAAGAUCUCCAGUGUACCGCUUUAUGUCUUUGAUCACGAUGCCGGUGAUGAAUGAUGAUGAUCGAUUAUUGGAUCUCUUUUUCUUUUUUAAAAAAUGUUGGCUUUUUUUAAGCGGAAAAAAAAAGAUGAGAAAAAAAAUAUGAGACAUGGUUAAGAUGAAAUGGUCUUAAUCUCCCUAUGAGUAUGAAAUUGAAUCCCUUUGAUUUUUAUCAAAUGAUGAUAUCUUUGUUGCUAGAAA